UGUACAAUUUCUCUUUGAAAUAAAUUUAUUUGUAUACAACAUACUUUAAUAGUUUAAUAUAUGGCUGUUGCUGAUUCUGUAAUAACGUCACCCAUGGGACCUCCAGCGUGUGAGAAAGAUGCUAAGGCUCUUGAGUUUAUCGAAGAAAUGACGAAAAACUGUGAUGCGGUGCAAGAGAAUGUAUUGUCCGAGAUACUUUCUCAAAAUGCCGAAACCGAAUACUUGCAACAAUGGAACCUAAAUUACGCCACUGACCGAGAAACUUUCAAGUCGAAAGUACCGGUUAUCGGUUAUGAAGACUUGCAGCCAUACAUCCUACGUAUCGCCAAUGGAGACCGCUCUCCCAUUCUCUCAUCACAUCCCAUUUCUGAGUUCCUUACAAGUUCGGGGACAUCUGCCGGUGAAAGAAAACUCAUGCCAACAAUUGCUGCAGAAAUGGACCGUAGGCAGAAGCUCUACAGCCUUCUCAUGCCUGUCAUGAAUCUGUAUGUGCCCGGUCUAGACAAGGGCAAGGGAUUAUACUUCUAUUUCAUCAAGGCUGAGGCAAAAACCCCUAGUGGUUUGGUAGCCCGACCCGUUUUAACAAGUUACUACAAGAGCCAGCAGUUCAAAACCCGACCCUAUGACCCAUAUAACGUCUACACCAGCCCAAACGAAACUAUCUUAUGUGUUGACUCUUUCCAAAGCAUGUACUCUCAAAUGCUUUGCGGUCUUAUUUAUCGCGAAGAAGUUCUUCGAUGUGGCGCGGUUUUCGCGUCUGGCCUUGUCCGGGCCAUCAAGUUUCUUCAACUUAACUGGCAACAACUCGCUCUAGAUCUAGAAACCGGAAACUUGAGCUCGAAAAUUACUGACCAGUCAAUUCGAGAAUGUAUUUCAAAUAUUCUGAAACCUAGCCCGGAAUUGGCCCAAUUCAUUAGGGAAGAAUGUUGUGAAGGGAACUGGGAAGGAAUCAUUACUCGAAUUUGGCCCAACACCAAAUACCUUGAUGUUAUUGUUACUGGUGCUAUGGCUCAGUACAUUCCAAUUCUCGAUUUUUACAGUGGUAAUUUACCGAAAACUUGUACAAUGUACGCUUCUUCGGAAUGUUACUUUGGGUUAAAUUUAACCCCAAUGGUGAAUCCUUCGGAGGUUGUUUACACCAUUAUGCCAAAUAUGGGUUACUUCGAGUUCAUUCCACAUGAUCCUUCAAACCCAGUGACUCUCUCACGUGACUCGCCACCUCGUCUUCUUGAUCUUGCCGAAUUAGAGGUCGGGAAAGAGUACGAGCUCGUGAUCUCGACGUACUCGGGUCUUUGUAGGUACCGAGUAGGCGACAUUCUCCAAGUGAAGAGCUUCUAUAACUCGGCCCCGCAAUUCAAAUUCAUUAGGCGAAAGAAUGUUCUACUAAGCAUUGAUGCUGAUAAAACCGAUGAAACCGAGUUACAAACAGCCGUCGAAAACGCUUCCGAGCUUCUUAAAGAAUUCAACACAACUGUUGUUGAAUACACAAGCUAUGCUGACAUGAAGACCAUUCCGGGCCAUUAUGUUAUCUUUUGGGAGUUACUGAUAAAAGACCCUACCAACGGGCCAACCAACGAUGUGUUGGAUCAAUGCUGUUUGGCAAUGGAAGAAUCGUUAAACUCGGUGUAUAGACAAAGCCGGGUUGCGGAUAAUUCCAUUGGCCCGUUGGAAAUCCGCAUCGUGAAAAACGGGACGUUUGAGGAGUUAAUGGACUACGCGAUAUCACGAGGUGCUUCCAUUAACCAAUACAAGGUUCCACGCUGUGUAAGUUUCACGCCGAUUAUGGAACUUCUCAAUUCAAGGGUUGUUUCAGAGCAUUUCAGUCCAACUGCACCACACUGGACUGCCGAGCGACGUUUUUAGAACGUCAUUUACUUGUGACUAAAAACGAAGAAAGUCAGCUUCAUUCUUUAGGGCGCUUAAUUAAGAAAAUUGUCAAGUUUUGAAACAAGAAGGGUGUAAUGUGUAAUAUUUUAAGUAGUACUAGUAUGUAUCAAAUUAUCAAUAAUGUUUUCCGUUUGUCUUAUAUGUAUUUCGCAAGAGAUUCUGUUUGUGGCAAGUGAAGUUCUUUUUCCGAAAAGCAGAUUUUGUGUUGUCUCGAGGAGGAUCUAGCUUUGGUGCUUUAAUAUACGAGUAUAAUUUAUUUUUUCAAA